AUGGGCGAGAAGGAGACGGACGGUCUGCUCGUUCCCCGAGGACCGACCAAGGCGCCCGUGCAUGUAGCCAAACGCGCGCAGCGGAACAAGGCCCUGUCCGUCGUGUUCGACCCCCAGGACCACAAGGAGUACUUGAACGGGUUCCACAAGCGGAAGCAGCAGCGGCGCAAGGAUGCCGUUGCCAGGGUCGAGAAGGAACUGAAACAGCAGCGCCUGGAGGAGCGCGCUGAUCGUCGCGAGGCGCUGAAGGAGCGGUACUCCACCCUGGGCCCCGACCUGGAUCCGGCGGCGCCUUCCCUGGCGGAGGACGUGGAGCGCAGGGUGCAUGUCUUCAGCCACGGGGCGGUGGAGAGCCGGGUGACGGUGUCUGCCAUCGACCUGAACAGCAGCGACGAGGAGCAGGCGGGGCCGGGGCCCAAUGACGACGAUGACGACCGCGACCUGGGCGAGUGGCCAGGGCCUGGAGUCGCCAGGGCUAAAAAGUCCGCAGUGCAGAGUGGCGGCGGCAACGGCGGGGGAGGGGAGCCGGCGCGCGUUCGGACGCACGUGUCCAAGGCCACCCUGCGUGCGAUAGCGCGGACCAAGCUAAAGCUGGAGGGCAAGCGGAGUGCCGGGGGCUUCAAGCAGCCGGGCCCCAAGACAGGCGGCAAGGGCGGGCGCAAGGCGGAGGCCAAGGAGGCGGGCGGGAAGAAGGGGGGAAAGGGAGGGAAACCUGCGCCCAGUAAGAGCAGGGGCAAGCGAUGA